CGUCACACCAAUAGUUGUUCGCUGUUGGCCAACCUCACCGACUUUGACCGUCAUGUCUUUCGCCCGCCCGCGUCUUGCAUUGGGCCUUUCGCCCAGGAUACUAGUGACACAGCGCUCGGCUGCGCUGCGCUCGUCGCUAGUAGCAUACCGCAACAUUCACAGUACCCGCUGCUCGCAUGCAGAGCAUCUGGAAAGCCGACUCGAAGGUCCAAUAAGGUCGCCGCCUCUAGGUGCAGGAAGUUUAACCGCAAAGGACGAGCCCGGAAAGGAUAUUGACCCAUACAAGGAUGGACAGAGUGCCAUCGACAAGGCCGUUCAUCUCUUCUUCUUUACCGAGAUCAUCCGAGGAAUGUGGAUUGUUCUGGAGAAUUUCUUCAGGCAGCCCUACACCAUAAUGUACCCAUAUGAGAAGGGUCCUCUAUCUCCUCGUUUCCGUGGAGAACACGCUCUUCGACGAUAUCCCAGUGGUGAAGAGCGGUGCAUUGCUUGCAAACUUUGCGAGGCUAUUUGCCCUGCCCAAGCAAUUACUAUCGAGAGCGAAGCUCGCGCGGAUGGUUCGAGAAAAACGACUAAAUACGAUAUCGACAUGACGAAAUGCAUCUACUGCGGUUUUUGCCAAGAAGCUUGCCCCGUUGACGCGAUCGUUGAAACACAAAAUCAGGAGUUCUCUACGGAAACUCGCGAGGAGCUCCUGUACAACAAAGAGAAGUUGCUCGCAAAUGGCGACCGGGCUGAGGCCGAAAUUGCUGCUAACUUGCAUUCGGACCAUGUUUACCGGUGAAGUAGUAGUUUAGAUGAGUCAUGGCAGGUCGUGUACUUAUCUCCUGGUCCAAUUCUACAUUUCUUCACCUGA